UUGAUUAUGUAGCGCGUGUUAGGUUAUGCGGUAACCGCCUUACAUUUUGACGUUUUCUUUUUCACGUCUGAAUAAAUUGUUGGUAGUUCUGUUUGAGAUAAUAAUCUUUGUUUUCGAUUUACGUCUGCAUUUUUUUCAUCAACAUUUUUAUAGUACUUUAAAUACGCAAAAAUGUCUUUCAAUUUACAAAAACAUGUUCAGUCUCUGUUUAAACGAAAUUUUUCACGUAAUUUCAUUGAUUCUAUACAUAUUAAAGAUAAUAAUUCGCGACAAUUUAAUCAAGCAUCCAGCACAUGCUUUUUACAUUCUAAGACAAAUACAUCCAUCUCGGAAUCUAUUAGAUUAACGAAAGCUGCCGCGAGAACAUUGUAUUACAUUCCUCAUUCCACAUUCGUGACGAACAAAGAUGAAAGUCGGGAAUUGAUGGCUGUGUGGCCAGACAUUGUUCGGGAUCUCACAGACGCUGGUCGUAAUUUAGACAUACCGGACGUUACAAAAUGGACAGCGAAGGUAUUGCAAUAUAAUGUUCCUACAGGGAAAAAAAAUAGAGCAUUAGCGGUUGUACAUGCAUACAAACUAUUGGCUUCUCAACAUCAGUUGACGGACGAAAAUUUACGUUUAGCACGAAUAUUAGGCUGGUGCACAGAGUUGUUACAAGCAUUCUUCCUAGUAAAUGAUGAUAUUCAAGAUCAAUCAAAAACUCGUCGCAAUCAACCAUGCUGGUACUUACAUGGUGAGAUUGGAUUGACAGCUGUUAAUGAUGGCAUGUUGUUGUCAGCUUGUUUAUAUCAACUUUUGAGAUUACAUUUUAAAUCGAAAGAUUAUUAUGUAAAUCUUCUAGAACUAUACCAAGAGACUACAUUAAAAACGGCAUAUGGCCAGUGUCUGGAUAUAUUAUCAACAAACUUUGGGAAAAAACCAAAUUUAGAUCUCUUUACAAUGGACAGAUACAAUUCGAUUGUUAAAUACAAAACAUCUUACUAUACGUUUAUACUACCAGUUACAUCUGCCAUGUAUCAUGCUGGUAUAAAAGAUCCAGAGAUGUAUAGACAAGCAAAAACCAUUUUAUACGAAAUGGGUCACUUUUUUCAAGUUCAAGAUGAUUAUUUAGAUUGUUACGGUGACCCAGAAACUACUGGUAAAUAUGGUACAGAUAUAGAAACAGGAAAAUGUACGUGGCUUGUCGUUGUAGCCUUGCAACGCGCUACACAAAAACAAAGGAACAUUUUAGAGGAAUGUUAUGGCGUCUCGGAUAUAGAAAAAGUGAAUCGUGUUAAACAACUUUUUGACGAGAUAGGUUUACCAAAUACCUAUUCUAUUUAUGAAGAAGAAACGUACAAUUUAUUGCACACGCACAUACAACAGAUAUCGCGUGGACUUCCCCAUGAACUCUUCCUAAAAUUAUUAGAAAAAAUAUACCGCAGAGUAGCUUAAUACGAUUAACUACAUAAUUUAAAUAGACUGAUUCAUUUCUAACUUUGACAAAACAUACUUAUGACGUGCUUCCUUUAUUCUAUAAAGUUAUAUAUUUCACAUAUGUUAGGAAUUUAUUCAUCAAGGAUAAAACGAACCAAUAGUAAAUGCAUUUCUUUUCUAAUAACUCUAUGAAUAUAUACCGUUAAAUCGACAAAAUUCGUUCUAACAUACGUAACGUCAAUAAUGAUUUAAGC